GAGGGAGAGCGGGAGGGGAGCCGCCGCACGCCGCUGCCCGGUUCCCGGUGCCCCCUGCCCGGCCGCCACCGCCACGUGCCGGCGGCGCCAUGGAGCUGGAGGAGCUGGGCAUCCGGGAGGAGUGCGGCGUGUUCGGCUGCAUCGCCUCCGGCGUGUGGCCCACCGAGCUGGACGUGCCCCAUGUCAUCACGCUGGGGCUGGUGGGGCUGCAGCACAGGGGCCAGGAGAGUGCUGGAAUUGUGACAAGUGAUGGAGAGUCAUCCCAGGCAUUCAAAGUGCACAAGGGAAUGGGUCUUAUAAAUCACGUGUUCAAUGCAGACAGCCUGAAGAAGCUGUAUGUUUCAAACCUUGGUAUUGGGCACACCAGGUACUCUACCUCCGGGAUCUCUGAGCUGCAGAACUGCCAGCCUUUUGUUGUAGAAACUCUUCAUGGCAAGAUCGCUGUGGCACACAACGGUGAACUAACAAAUGCCGUGCGACUGAGGAGGAAGCUUAUGCGGCAUGGUGUAGGACUGUCGACCAGUUCUGACAGUGAAUUGAUCACCCAGCUGCUGGCUUUCACACCUCCUCUAGAAAACGAUGACACUGCCGAUUGGGUAGCAAGAAUAAAAAAUUUAAUGAAUGAAACUCCAACUUCUUAUUCGUUGCUAAUUAUGCAUAAAGACAUAAUUUAUGCAGUACGUGAUCCGUAUGGAAAUCGUCCACUCUGCAUUGGUCGCCUUAUUCCAGUAGGGGACAUGAACGGAAAAGGAAAGGAUAACAGUGAAACAGAAGGAUGGGUAGUCUCCUCUGAAUCCUGUAGCUUUUUAUCUAUUGGUGCAGAGUACUACCGUGAAGUCCUUCCUGGAGAGAUUGUGAAAAUAUCCAGGUAUGAUGUUCAAACACUGGAUGUGGUACCAAGACCUGAAGGAGAUCCAUCAGCAUUCUGCAUCUUUGAAUAUGUUUAUUUUGCAAGACCAGACAGUAUCUUUGAAGGUCAAAUGGUGUAUUCAGUCAGGAGGAGAUGCGGUCAGCAACUUGCUAUUGAAGCACCUGUGGAAGCAGACCUGGUCAGCACUGUUCCAGAGUCUGCAACCCCAGCAGCUCUGGGCUACGCUCAAAAGUGUGGACUGCCAUACGUUGAAGUGCUCUGUAAAAAUCGGUAUGUAGGAAGAACGUUCAUCCAGCCAAAUAUGAGGUUACGGCAACUUGGUGUUGCAAAGAAGUUUGGCGUUCUGUCUGACAAUUUUAAAGGCAAGCGAGUUGUUAUCAUUGACGAUUCGAUUGUGCGGGGCAAUACCAUUUCACCCAUAAUAAAACUACUACGGGAAUCAGGAGCUAAAGAGGUACACAUCCGUGUGGCUUCACCUCCCAUAAGAUUUCCUUGUUACAUGGGAAUAAACAUUCCAACAAAAGAAGAAUUGAUUGCCAACAGACCUGAGUUUCACGAUCUUGCAAACUAUAUAGGGGCAGACAGUGUUGUCUACCUUUCUGUGGAAGGGCUGGUAUCAUCUGUGCAAGAAAGCAUCAGAGCAAGACAAGAGAAUGAGAACAGCCUUAAAACCCAGAAAUCACGUGUUGGAAAGAUUGGUCAUUGCACAGCAUGUCUCACUGGAGAAUAUCCCGUAGAGCUAGAAUGGUGAAUUUUUAGUGGAUGCACUUGGGUUCAUCAUUGCUGAAUGUACUUUUUGCAAAGAUGCCUUCUUGCUAAUAAUAGCCUUCUUACAUUUAGGUAAUACGUAAAGCUCAUUAUAGUUGACUGAUUACUGUUAGUAAAAUACAUCGUUCUUGGUAAAGACUUAGAGAAAGUCUGUGCUGAAGAAAACUAUGUAAGCAGAUUGAAAUACAAAAUCAUAUAGUUUCGAUGCACGGUAGUGCCUUCUAUUUUCUCAUAAAAUAUUUUAAAAACCAAAGUGUUUAUAAUUAUGUAACAAUUCCAUAGCUUUUUGUUUCAGUCUUGCCCCGAAUGUGAGAUAUCCCUGUCAAGACUUGUUCACAAAGUACAAAUUAUGAAUCAUGUGGUAUAACUUCAAAUUAAUCUAAAUCUUUAAGUGAAAAGAAUGCAAAGCUUGCUUUUCUGUUUUGGAAAAAAAAUACCUGAUUCUGAAGAGUC